AUGCCACCAUCGGCAAAAAGAGCCCAGCGGGCCCGCCGCGACUUGCGCAGAGACAAAGACGUAACCGACCCUGUUGAUGUCGAUGAUUCCUCUCCGAGCCGCCCGGCCAAACGUCGCAAGCGCACUCGGUCCUCAGACCCCGCAGACUCGAGCAUUCUGUCCGGCGCAACCUUGCUAUCUCAGACACGCGAUGUCGACGACCCUCCAAGCACCGACGACGACCACGUUGUCUCUCAAGUUACUCAACAACUGAAAACCCAGUCUGUCCAAGCCAGCAAGGAUCAUGCUAAUGCAAUCCACGAAGCCAACCGCGAUGGCGUCAAAGCCUAUGCGAAAGUGGCAGCUCAAGACUGGACUUUUUACAUAACAAAACUAGCCGUCAAUAUCGGUCGCGCACCGGAGAUUUCUCAUGCCGACGACGAAGGAGAAGACGAGGCCCACGUUCAUAUCGACCUAGGUCCUAGUAAGAUGGUAUCACGCGAGCAUGCCUCCAUCUGUUUCGACUCUAAGGAUGAAAAGUGGAUUCUUCAAAUCAAGGGCCGCAAUGGCGCAAAAAUUGAUGGACAGCCUCUUAAACCUCGAGCCUCACAUGCUCUCACGUCGGGCGAGGUUAUUGAGAUUGGGAAUGUUGAAAUGAUGUUUGUGCUCCCAUCUGAGAUAUCUCCUCUACAUGUUCACCCGAUGUUUUUGCAACGGUGUGGACUGAGUUCAGAUGCGGCACAGGUCCUUGCACCUCGACGCCAGCCACUCAUCGCUCCCGCUCCUGCGGAUUAUAAGCGGCCAGGAACUCCGCCAUCGACCCAGAGACGGGGAAACAUAACAGCCAAGUCUCCGAGUGUCAGCACUCCAGCAGUAUUGAUUGGUGCGAAUGGCGUAGAUCUGAGCCAUGACGACAACCAGCAUAUCAAACCGCAAUAUAGCUAUGCUCAGAUGAUUACACAAGCCAUUUUGAAUGCUCCAGAUGGAAAACUCAAUCUAAAUGGUAUUUACACCUUUAUCAUGAACAGUUACUCGUACUAUCGACAUCAACAGGCCGCUGGCUGGCAGAACUCCAUACGGCACAACCUUUCUCUUAACAAGUCAUUUGAUAAAGUAGCAAGGUCUACGGAUGAACCUGGAAAAGGCAUGAAAUGGCAAAUUGUCUCAGAAGCGAAAGAUGAAAUGACCAGAAAUGCCUAUAAGAUCGGUCGUGGGGGCCAUCGAGGGUCAUCCGCACCGUCAUCACCAAAUCAGCUCAACUACAUCACCCAAGGGCCAAAGGAUAUGGCAUCCAGGGAUCCAAGUUCCGCUCGAAGGCGACGGGCAUCGCCUAUAACCUCGCCGCCCCCACGAUCAUCACUCCGGGAUGCACAAUCAACGCCUCGGCAGGGUUCGGAGAGGGGCAUCUCUCGAAACGCCAGUUUCACAGCAGAUGGCAGCCCUCUUCCCCGGCAUCGUAAAUCAACAAAUACCGCGCCUGAUUCUUCCUUCUCAACUUUCAACCCGCAAUCUCCUACACUUACGUCGUCCUAUCUGCAGGAUGACGGCGCAUCGUUCGUAACCCCAGCUCCUCCACGCAUUCACCCGAAGCUGGCGCCCCCAAGUACCGCACAGCGGCCGAGCCAGCAUAUGCCCACGAGCUCACCAGCCCCAUUCUGGAAGUAUGCCGACAUUGGUAGCACACCACUCCGACCAUCCGCUCCCUAUGAGUUUAGUCCGUCGAAAGUUGCUGGUAGUAUGCCGCCUCAAAGCAGUAGCCCACCGCGUGCUAGUAAAUCGCCACCGAGUAGCCCCUCUAAGCCCCAGAGGCUGCCAGCCGUAGAAGGUACCAAGCAAGAAAGCGACGAACCAGACGAUGUUGAAGAGGGCCAAGGAUUCGAUUUGACAAAGUAA